ACUUCCCUCCACCAACCUCCCAGCUCACCAGCUCAUCCCAGGUCAACGCCCUUUGCUCGGUUGAUCGUCAUACAAGCUGAUAAUUGCCAUCUUACAUCUGACACAACUCCCUUUUUGGAUCCCUCCUUUUUCGCCGGGACUCGUCCGCAAUCCCGAAUCUUAGCAAACAUGUCGUUCCAGGACCGUGCGCUGCACCAGAUUGCUCAGAUUGACAAGGAGCUCUCGAAGUAUCCUGUCCUCAACAACCUUGAGAGGCAAACCUCAGUCCCGAAGGUGUAUGCUUUCUUGGGCCUCGUUGGAAUUUACUUCUUUUUGGUUUUCUUUAAUAUCGCAGGGGAAUUGUUGGUCAACUUCGCUGGGUUCUUGAUUCCUGGAUACUACUCACUCAACGCGUUGUUUACGGCAACCAAGACCGAUGAUACCCAGUGGCUCACUUACUGGGUGGUCUAUGCCUUCCUAACUGUCAUCGAGAGCGCUAUUAGUGCUGCUUACUGGUUCCCCUUCUACUACCUUUUCAAGUUUGUGCUUAUUUUGUGGAUGGCCCUUCCACAGACUCACGGUGCCCAAAUCGUUUUCGGAUCCUUCAUUCAGCCGGUGUUCUCCCGCUACUUCCAGAGCGGCUCCACCUCCUCCAACUUGCGUUCGCAAGCCGAUAAGGCCACCAAGGAGCACUCUACCUAAGAGCCUCUUGGUAGAUGGUAGGAAUCAGUGAUUGAGGACGUUGAAGCCCGCAAAAAACCAAUUUUGGCUUGUCCUAAGAUUCCUCCGUUCUUAAGAGGUCCAAAUGCUCGAUCAGCGCCGUGGAGACGCACAACUUUAUGAGAGAGAUCGAGGGAACGCAGUAGCUGCUUAUAUACAAGUGUUCGAUGGGGUUGAGUGCCUCGAACCUUGACGGGAUUUGUAUUAGAAGGGGCGGCUGUUGAGGCUGGUUCGGUUGUUUUGUAUCAUUCCUGUUUUUUUUUUUUUGUUGUCGGGUUUCUUGUUUAUCGUGCAAAUCGAUAGGACAUUAUCUGCGUCUCUGGAUGAUAGCGUAGCUCAGGGUGGAAAUUCUUUCCCUAUUUCGGUUUUCAGUUGAGCGUGGCUCAUGUACAGUCGUGGGCAUGUAUUUGUCUCAAAUGCCAAACAUCACAGCAAACAACAAAAAGGGGUAUCAGUCAAUAAAACCCAAGUUUGUUGCCCCAAUUGUCCAAUUUGGGAUUUAAAAUGAUUUGGAAUGGAAAUGGAUUCGCGUCACUUGUCGUAAUGGGCGGGAUAUGGUCCUUGCUUUGAUUGGCAAUGGCAAGAAUUUUGAAGGCGGCCUUCUGC